AUGGAAGAUUGUUUAUUUGAGAUUAAAGGAGCAGGGUUAAUAACUAUUUAUAUAUUAGUACUUAACAAACAAUUCAAAAGUAAAUGGGUAAUGAUGCUUAAAGUGAUGAUCAAAAUAUUGUGAUUAAUGAUAAUGAUGAGUUAAUGCCUUUGUUUAAAGUUAAUGUUGAUGGAGUUUAGAGAAUUUUAGAGACAAUUAAAUCCAAUAUUGUUAAAAUUGAAGAAUUAAAGAAGGGUUAUACAAGUGCAACUAGAUCAGAAGCUGAGAAAGGUGGGUAUUAGUCAAUUAAAUUAUAUUAAAGAUGUAAGUAUGAAAUUGGAUAGGAUUAUUUAAUAAAAUAAUCAAUAAUAAGAAAGAUUAAAAAAAUUAAUGGAAUAAGUAGCUUAGGAUGUUGAAGAGGCUAAAGAGAAAGAACCAGAUGAACCUGAAACAAGAAUGAAAAUGGAUAUAUGGGCUGCAUUAAAUUUGAAAGUUUAGGCUGUAUUGUAAGAGAGUUAAAAGGCUCAAUUAGAUUUCCAAAAUAGUAUGAGGAACAAAAUAAAAAGACAAGCAGGUUGUUUAGAUUCGAAUCUAAAUGAGAAUUAAAUUGAUGAAUUAUGUGAAGAUCCAAAUGUAUGAUUUAUUUGAUGUAGAAAAUGCAAGAAUUAUUAUAAAAGAAAAUCUAUGGAUAAGCGUCGAUUCAAUUAUAAAACGCUGUUCAAGAUAUUCAAGAAAAAUAUUAAGACAUAGUUAAGCUAGAGAGAGUAUAAUUAAAUAUUUACUUUUUUUUAAGAGUGUUCAAUAAGUAUAUCAACUCUUUGUAGAUAUGGCAGUGUUGGUCAAAAAUCAAGGAGAAUUGAUUGAUAAUAUAGAAUAGAACAUGGUAAAAGCUAAAGAUUAUGUUAAAAAAGGAGAAGCAUAAUUGAUAAAAGCCAAAAAGGAUCACUAAGCUGCUAGAAAAGUAUAAAUAAUUAUAUAAAUCAUUAGAAAAUGUGUUGUAUUAUUAUGAUUGGACUUGUUUUAAUUUUGGUUAUAGUAGGUCCAAUUUUAGGAACUUCUUUAUGAA